GAAGGAAAGAAAGUAGUAACGGAAACAAAAGAAUAAACACGACUAGAGACUAGAGUCCCAGCAAGACCCAGUUCGGAGUAAUCCUCUAUUGUUGAAAGUAUAGACAAAUUCUGCAAAAAUGUUAAAUAUUGUGAAAAAUUAUCUAGAACGACGAUCAAAGUUGAUCAAAGCCUCAAGAGAAAACGGUAAAACAAAAAAAAGAACAACAGAGGUUAUGGGUUCAGUAACUUCAGUUCUUGGAAUCUCUACUUUAGCUGCAAAUACUAGCAACGCAGUUGAAGAAAGUAAUGGUAAUAAUUUCGUACUAGAAUCAAGUACAAAUAUGCCGGUGAAUAGGUUAGAUAAUGGAGAAAAUGUUAACACUACUCAAGUUGAAGAAACUUCGAUUAAAAGACAAAGUAAGUUGAUAAUCUCAAAGGUAGAAAACAACAAAAUUAUUGUUGCUCGUAAAAUAAAUACAACGCAGAAGUCAGUUAAGUUCAUUAAAAGCUACUCGAACAAUGAUACCACUAAUACUGGUGGUAAAACAACAUCUGAAGAAUUUGCUGUUUCAAGUACAGUUCCACAUGAUCCAGCAGUUGAAGAAUCUACAGCUCUAAAAAAAAUAUCUAAUAACGUUGCAGCUGAUAGUGACACUGUAGGCCUAAAAAAUAAGGUCACAAAAUAUAAGAAUUCAGAAAAAAUAAUUGACUUGGGCGACUCCAGUGACUCAGAAUCAACGAUAGUAUUGUCCUGUGAUUUAAAUAAAAACAAAAAAAUGUCGAAAAGUAAGAAGUGCUCGUCGAAAAAUCCGAAGCGCGUGUUGAUGAAUUUUUCAAAAAAUUUAAAUGGCAGAUCUACUUUAUCAGUUCAUAAGAAACUCAAUAAAUCUGCGACAGUUAUAAGUUCAAGUAAAUUGGUUGAUAAAAAAAAUAAUAAAAGUCAAGAUAUUUAUGUUGAUGAUUCUGAUUUAACUUUAAUGUUGACGGCUGACGAACCCAAUAAAUCCCAAAAUAUUAUUAAAAAUGAAAUUAAUGAUGUUUAUGUUGGUGAUUCUGAUUCAACUUUAGUGUUGACUCCUGGUGAGCAGAAUAAAUCCCAAAGUAUUGAUAUAAAUAAAGUUAAUACUUGUCUUGGUGAUUCUGAUUCCCCUCUAACGUUGACACCUGACGAGCCCAGUAAAUUCCAAAAUAUCAUCAAGAAUAAAGUUAAUGAUACUUAUGAAGGUGACUCUGACUCAACUUUAAUAUUGACGCCCGAUGAGCACAAUAAUUCCCAAAAUAUCAUCAAGAAUAAAGUUGAUGAUAUUUAUGAUGAUUCAGAUUCGACGGUUCUUUUAACACCAGCUGACGAGUGCGAGAAUCGUAAAAAAAUAACAAAUAAAACUUUUAACAAAACUAAGGAGUCAACUGAACCUCCCAAGAAGAAAUCUAAAAAUUCGGGAGUUUGGAAAAACGGAACAAGUCAAUCGACUAAGAUUGAAGCUCCCUGUGCAUUAUCAAGUCAGGAGUCAAAAGAUAAAAUUUCUAAAACAUUUAGAGAUGGAUCAGUUAAUUUAUCUGGGCUUCCACCUCAUGAGCUAGAAGAGAAACUCUCUGAAAUAAUUGGAGAUGGUCAAUUAGAGCCUCAGUCUCAUCUCUUAACUCAAGAUGUUUUGAAAUCUAGUCAAAAUAAUGAUUCAGCUGACAAAUCUGAUAAGAAUCAUUCUUUAGAGGAUACAUUGAAACUGAAUGAAACUUUAGAUAUUCGAAAGCUUGAUGAUACAUUGAGGUUGAGCCAAACUAAUGAGUCAACUGAUUCAAGCCUUCUACAUUUGAAUUAUCAAUUGUAUAAUGAAAAUUCCGAUGAUGAAUUGACGGAUUCAUCGUUAGGAAAGCUAGUAAUUGAUGAAUCGGCUGAUAAAACUAUAGAUUCUAUGGAUCCUAUGGAUAUUUCAAAUAUUGAUCAAAAUAACGAUUCACUUGACGACAAAGAGGAUUCUCCAGAUGUCAGUAUGAAGUCAUUUGGGUCAAAUAUUAAAUUAAAAAGACUGGAAAAGAAGCGAGAGCUAGCUAUCAGGAUCGAGAGACUAGACGUUGCUGGAUUAAUUAAAAAGCCAUCUAAUUUAUGUAUGCAAAAGGAGUUGAGAGUGAGAUUGGAACGAUUACCGUUUGUUAAUAAAAAAAUUACUCCCAUUAAAGCGCAGGGUAAAAAACGUAAAUCUCCUGAUCAAAAACUACUGAAGAAGAAUAAAAAUGGAGGUAGUGACUUGGAAACGUCUUUGAAAAUUGUAAAGAUUGUCUUGACUCCAAUUAAUUUGAAAGAUUAUCCAAAUUUAAGAAAUUUCCAAACUGACUCUCCAAUUAAUUGUUCAAAUUUUCAAUCUUCGACAGUUGACAAGAAACUUACUAAAAAUAACUCUACUACUAGAGGUAAUAAGAGUAAAAUUUUAGGAAGUAAAAAACAAUCUGAUUCAACGUUAUCGCCAACUCGAAAACGUUUAGUUUAUAAAAAUACUCCAGAAAAGAGUAAUUCCAUUAAGAAAAGACGAAGACCGAAUUUGAAGGCUGCCAUAAAAAAUGUUAACUCAGCUGCUAACAAUAAUUUGAAUGAAAAUUCACAGUUAAAAAAAGAAUUGAGAGUUAAUUUAGUAAGACUUUCUAUGAACGAUGUGGUUUUGUGGCAGUCAAAUGUUCAAAGACAAAAUCAAAUUUACAAAAUUUUAUUUAAAGGCAUCAAAAGUAAAAUAUAUGAAAAAAUGAUACGAAAACUUGGUGGUGUUAUUACUGAUAAUCCUACAAUUGCGACUGUGUUGAUUGCUGAAAAAAUCAGCAAAACUUAUGAGUUCAUUAGCGCUUUGGUUCGCGGCAUUCCUAUUGUUUCAAUUGAGUGGUUACAUAUGAGUAUUGAAAAAAAUAGGUUUAUUGAACCUACUGAAUAUUUAUUAGAGGAUGUUAAAGCUGAGAAAAUGUUAAAUUUUAAUUUUAAAAAAAGUUUGAUGAGAUCAAAAGAAACUAGUCUUCUAAAAGAUUAUUUUUUUAUCAUUAUUUCAAGUGUCAGUUUGCUGUCUACUGAUAAAUUGACGAGCUUGAUUGAAUUAGCUGGUGGAAAAAAUUUAUCGCAAGUACCUGAACUGUUGAUAAAUGAAAAAAUAUUUAUUGUUUGUUGUAAAAAAGAUAUUCGACAAUUUGAAAAGUUGUAUGUAGAUAGAAGAGUUGAAAUUGUAACCGCAGAGUUCAUUAUUGAUAGUUUAUUGAAACAAGAAUUUAGAUUUGAAAGACCUAGUCUGUAGACGUAGAAUGAUACUGAAGUUAGCUGACGUCUAAUUAUUUUUGGAUUUUUUUAAAAACGAUAAAUUAGAAAAAAAAAUUGCACUUACAGUUUUUUCAAUUUUCUACAUGUGAAUAUAUUUAAAAAUUUUUUUUUUUUUUUUUUGUAAUUGAUUUGUUGAAAAAGAAAAUCCGAAAAUUGUUAAUUGUCUGCAAACUUCAGGGUCAUAAAGAAUGCGGUAUUUUUAUUUUUUACUGAAAAAGUUCAAAUUUACAAUCGAAAUUGCAUUGUUAUUAUCUUUUUUUUAUUUUUAUUUUUGUGAAUUAGAGUAGACAUACCGGUUUUUGACAAUACAUUGUCUGUGGAUAAUUUAAACUUUAUUUAGAAACGAAGAAAUAAAAGUUUAAAAUGUAGAGAACUGGUAGUUUUCUACGCUACUGAAUGUAAAAAUGUUUUUAUGAUACCAGCGUCGAAACUUAAAAUUUCAGUGUCUCUACGCCAGUCGAAAAAAACUAAUUUCAGUCCAAUGCCGUCGACAAAUUUAGCAAACGCGUAAAUUUCGAAUGUCUUCAGCCAGCGGGCAGCAACAUGUGUUUCGUCUCUUGGAAAAAAAACGAAUAAUGUCUCUGCCCGCUGACUGAAUGCUUUCGCAAUUUAAACUCUGAUAAUUGUCAUUGAUUUAAUUGUAAUUUCAAACCAGUAAUUUUUGUUACGUGAAUGACAGUUCUGACUGUGAUUAAGUUUUAUAAAAUUAGUGUCAAUAAUAAAUAGUAUUUAAUGUUUCUGCUUAAUUAUAAAUUGUAAAUGACAAUUUAAUAGUUGAUAACACCAUUGGUCUUAAAUAAUCUUGCUUCUGACUGGCUGCUGAUACAAACUUUAAAUUCCAACGCAGAUAAACAUAAAAAAUGUAGUGUGUGACAUAGGAUGAAACAAAAUUUCCAACUGCGGGUGAUGUCCAACUUUACCCUGGGCUGAAACCGUUUUGUUUCAUCCCUUGUCACACAAUACACUAUUUUUUUUUUUUUUUCUUUAAUAUUUUGUAAACUUAGACAUUAUUAUAAAUAAUAUAAAUUUAGAAAUUAAUAUGCUUGUUAAAAAAUUGGAUAUUUAUACAGAAGUAUGACUUCGCUUUUGGAUAAAUUCCAUCGACAAGUAUGUAACGAAUGAUUGAUAAUUAUUUUUGUACUUUUGAAUAAAAAU